UUGUCCACGAUUUCGUUUGCACUUUUCUGCCAAUUCGCCAAAAUUAUUUUUCUUCUUUCGCAGAUAAUUGCGGCGUGGGAGCGUAUACGUAUAUCGGACAUUUUAUUGCGAGUUGAAUUAACUGGUAAAAUUGUGCAAAAUAUUUGCAAAAUAGCUGAAUAUUAUGUGGAUCGGAUUCUUGCGCAACUUGCAUCGGACGGAUUUUGCGGUGAACUGCAAGUGUUUAUUCCUGAAGCGCUUUUAAUUAUGUUUUGUGCAGCAAUAAAUAAUGCAGAACAAGUUCGUCGAAGUUUAAUGUUUCACAGCAAAUUGCAUCUCGAUGAAAUUACCGUACUUUAUUCGAAAAAUCCUAAAUACAAUCAAGAAUGGAAAGUUGCUGUUGAACGAAAUUUGGAUGAAUGUGACCAAUACAUUGGCGAACAAAUUGCUGCUACAAUACGUCGAUUAAUACGCCGCUUGGCCGAACAAAUGAAGAAACACAUAUUUCAUUUAGCCUGGAGUCCUAGUGCUUGUGCUAUUGAAACAGCAAUUAAACCACUUAUUGAUAUGUUGGAUGGCGAACUGAGUAAAGUUCAUCGAAUUUUGCUGCACAAAAAUUUCUCACGAGUAAUGUUGGAACAAUUAAAAGCUAUAUUUCCUUUGCUCAAGGAAUGCGUUCAAGAAAAUCCUGGUCUUGAUCCAGUUUUUUAUGGAAGACUGUCCGAAGCUUGUACAACACUUGAGUUGUUAUCUGUGCUUGCCCUAAAUCAGACUUCUACGAGAAAAUUAAUUGAACAAUACUACAAAGAUUUACUGCAAGAGCAGGAUGAUGUCACUGAAUGUAAAUAUGGAAUUCUUAACGUCCGAGCUUACUACAAUAUCAAAUCAAAGACAUUGGUUAUCGACGUGAUUGGUGCAAAGCAAUUAAUACCAUUGGAUACCAAUGGUUUAAGUGAUCCAUUUGUUGUGAUUGAGCUCGUUCCACGUAUAUUUUAUCAAGCACAACCAGUUGUAAAAACUCGUAUUGUCAAUAAAUCUUUAAACCCGAUAUUUGAUGAAACAUUCGAGUUCCACAUACCCAAUGAAAUAUCGCCCAGUGCUAUGGUGCAUUUCACUGUAAUGGAUCAUGAUUUCCUACGGUCGAAUGAUUAUGCGGGUGAAGCAUUUUUAGAAUUAGCUGAUAUUCCUGGAUUUAGUAGCACCGCUGGAUCAACAUUAAAACAAUUUAAUCUUAUCCUUAUUCAUCCAUCUAAAAAAGAAAAUGCACCAAUAGAAAUUCUUUCGUCGAGGAAAGAUGAUAAAAUUGCGCAAGAAUUUGUUAAAAUACUUAAUACCGCUUAUUAA